CUGGUCGAACAUUUCUUCGAUCAACUCCACGAUCGAUGUAUCGCGGACAUUGCACCACUAUUAGAACGCACCGGCGACCAAAGCCCCGAAAAUACCUACGGAGAACUCACUCCCCACUUCAUCAGCACCCUCUGCCUCCAAACCUCCCUCUCCCCAUCUUCCACAUUCCUCGAUCUCGGCAGCGGCGUCGGCCAAGUCUGCAUGCAAACCUCGCUCGAAACGGGCUGUACCUCCUUCGGCAUCGAACGCGACGGCCGCUGCCACGCCGUGGCCAUGACGCAUUUCGCACAAUUCGCCCUCCGAGCACAAUUAUGGGGCGCGGCGCACGGGAGUGUGCAUUUGCGACACGGAGAUUUUCUGGCUUGUCCGGCGUUUGUCGAAGAGGAAUUGCUGACUGUGGCGGAUGUUGUGCUGGUGAAUAAUUUGAAAUUGGAACCGGAGUCGGAUUGGGAGUUGCAGAGGAAAUUGACGCAGAGGUUGAAGAGUGGUGCUGUGGUGGUUAGUACGAGGCCUUUGGCG